UUUACGCAGCACUCAAGAACUCAGUACGAAUACAUUGUAUUUCUUGACACCCAAGUGUUUGGAGCACGUGAGAGUGUUAAAUGUUUUCAUAAACGCAUUUUGUGCUUUAUUUGUAUUGAUACACGUGACAUUGUAUCGAGUGAACAUCACUGGAACGACAGUAAUCGAACAUGUUUAAUCAAAGUGGCGGACUAAGAACCGGCACAUCGUGCACAUCAAAUCCGAUGCAAGAUUUUGAGGUUGUAUCUCCACCGGACGAUUCUACUUCCAGUCUUGCGUUCAGUCCAGCCUCUGUUCCACAAAAUUUUCUCGUUGCUGGCUCGUGGGAUUGCAAUGUCCGUUGCUGGGAAGUCGAGCAAUCGGGCAAAACGGUUCCCAAAUCGAUGCAAGUAAUGGGAGCACCUGUUCUCGAUGUUUGUUGGAGCGACGAUGGAACUAAAGUAUUCAUAGCAUCUUGCGACAAAACAGUUAAAUGUUGGGAUUUAGCCUCGAAUCAAAGUAUACAGGUUGCAGCGCACGACGCGCCAGUCAGAACUUGUCACUGGAUCAAAGCGAGCACAUAUUCGUGCCUCAUGACAGGUUCUUGGGACAAAACGUUAAGAUUUUGGGAUUUGCGAAGCCCCAAGCCGGCAAUGACGCUAAAUUUGAUCGAAAGAUGUUACUGCGCAGACGUUGAUUAUCCGAUGGCAGUGGUUGGCACCGCUGGACGUGGAGUAAUUGUGUAUCAAUUGGAGGGUAGUCCCCGAGAGUACAAAACGGUGGAACUGAAUCUAAAAUAUCAGUAUCGUUGCGUUGCGAUCUUCAGAGACAAGAAAAAAGUUCCCGCUGGUUUUGCAAUUGGUAGUACCGAGGGUCGUGUGGCGAUACACUACUUGAAUUUAAGCGCAAAAGAGAAUUUCACUUUCAAAUGCCAUAGAGUAAACGGAACACCUAACGGGUACCAAGAUAUUUAUCCAGUGAAUGAUGUCGCGUUUCACCCGGUUCAUGGCACUGUUGCAACCGUUGGUAGCGAUGGUACUUUCGGAUUUUGGGACAAGGAUUCGAGGACUAAAUUAAAAUCUUCCGAUCCUAUGGAGCAGCCUAUUGCACGAUGCUGUUUCAAUCACAAUGGACAAAUAUUUGCAUACGCGGUAUCUUACGAUUGGUCAAAGGGUCACGAGUAUUAUAAUCCAGCGAAGAAAAACUCCAUAUUUCUUAGACCGUGCUUCGAAGAACUAAAACCUAAGGUUACACCAUAAAACUGUCGACGCGUUUUUUUUUUUCUUCUCCUAAUCUACCUAAGAA